AUGGAGGCUCUCUCCCACAAAAGCUCGCAGCAGUUGCCGCUCCCGCCGCCCUACCACAAUGCGAGCAUCAAGCGCAAGGCCAGUCUUGGCAAGGCCAUGCACGACCCCAAGAUGCGGCCGAGUCCUGACCAUGACAACGGUUCCCAGAGCAUCAAGUCGCGACCAUUCUCGAUCACAGGCAGCCAGCUCUCGGGACUGAUCUCAUUCUCGCCCGGGUGGCUUCCAAAGCCCAAGCUCCCGAGUGGCCUGCAGCAGCAAUCUCAUCGAAACUCGUGGGACUACGAGAGCAACUCGAGCAUGCCGCGCUACCACCAGCGAGCCGACGGCACGCCUCCGCUGGUUAGGCAUUAUUCAUUGACUCGGGAGUCGUCACGCCGCGGGAACUUUAGACUUGGGGCGAGCGCCAGCGAACCCGACCCCGAGCGGCAACAUCGGCCUCUGAUCGAUAUCGUCUUGCCUCUCGAGAACGAUGGGGAUGAAUCUCCCCUUGGCACUCCCUUGAUCCCCCUGGUUGGAGGCACCAAAGCGCUCUUCAACCGGGCAGCCCAGAGCGGCAGCGCCAGACCCCCGAGCAAUCACGAGGUCAUUCUGAUUCCGCCCAACGCUCUCGCACCUCCAAACUCGACUGAGCCAUCGUGCAGCCGCGGGGAAGACAGGCCUACGGACCAACGCAACGACGAGCGCAUUGCACAGUUUAUGCACGAGCGGCAGAACUGGCUCGGCAACAGCGACCAAGACUCGCCCUCAUCCUCACGCCUCAACACCAGCUGUCGCCAAAACAAGAUCUGGGGCUACGGCAUCGCCUAUACUGUCUCUGAAAAGGGCACGUCCGAGAUACCGCUCUCAGCAUACGUUCCCGUCGAGUACAUUGUCAGCUCGUGGCAAUUUCCUGGAAGUGGGACCGAGACGCACUCGCGCGCGCCGACAGACAGAAGCUCCAGUGUCCUCAAGCUGGCCAAAACCCACAGCGGUCUUCCCGCCGACCCCACCCGUCUCCUCAACUCAAAAGACUCGGUUAUGUCGUUCAUGGGCGCCGGACUGGCCUCUGAGUUUCUGUCGGUGUCGGUGCCCCAGUCUCGGCUGGGCUCGCAUCAGCAGAGUACACAAGAGCCCUCACGCAGCGAAGAGUCCGAGCCAUCGAUGGUCGACACGUCGCAAAUCUGGAAUAUCCAGCGCCGGGUGAUCCAGCGACAGAAGCUCUACAACGAAGGCACGUCCUUCAAUGGCAUCAAGCGGCGUGGGUCCUCCGUCAUGGACUUUAUCAUUCCGCUGUCCCCAACAAGCUUCUGGGACUCGAUUCUUCAUCCGAUCAAGGCAAGUGGAUGCUGCUGA